AUGAACUUCUUCCUUUUGAUGUUUCUGGUGUUCUUUACACCCGUCCUCUUACUCUUGGUUUGGCUGGCGUUGUCGUCGUGUCUCGGAAGUCGGUUUCGCUCCCAAUUCCCCAGAGUUCCGCUGAGACCGGGUCUCGACGCGUACGGAAGAGAUUACCUCCGCACAAUGGCCUCUUCUGGGCCUGCGAUGUCCGAACAAAUCGAGCUGGAGAACCUGGUGGAAUCUGACCGCGAAGAAUGA